CCGGGCCCUUUGGGGUAGAAGGGGAUAGUCUUUUCAGGCUCCAAAAGUUAGUCCCGCGGUCGAGUAGGGUCUAUUAUGAUGAUUACUACAAGAGGUCAAUGAGAUAGGACCCCCUCCCCACGCCCCCCCACUCCCUAAUUACGGAUUGAGGAGGGGGAGGGGCCAGUGAGGCUCAGGUGAGCACACGGGGAGAAAGGGACAUGGGCGGGGCCUUACAGAGGGUCAACGAAUCCGAAAAGACCUAAGCCCUCGUUGCUGGGCGACAAGUCCCGCCCCGCAGGCGGCACCGGAAGUGGCAGGCCGGGAUCUGCCUUUAAGAUGGCGUCUCCUCAGGGGGGCCAGAUUGCGAUCGCGAUGAGGCUUCGGAACCAGCUCCAGUCAGUGUACAAGAUGGACCCGCUACGGAACGAGGAGGAGGUCCGAGUAAAGAUCAAAGACCUGAAUGAACACAUCGUCUGCUGUCUGUGCGCCGGCUACUUCGUGGAUGCCACCACCAUCACAGAGUGUCUUCAUACUUUCUGCAAGAGUUGUAUUGUGAAGUAUCUCCAAACCAGUAAGUACUGCCCCAUGUGCAACAUCAAGAUCCACGAGACACAGCCACUGCUCAACCUCAAACUGGACCGGGUCAUGCAGGACAUCGUGUACAAGCUAGUGCCUGGCUUACAAGACAGUGAAGAGAAACGUAUUCGAGAAUUCUACCAGUCCCGAGGCUUGGACCGGGUCACCCAGCCCAGUGGGGAAGAGCCAGCCCUGAGCAACCUCGGCCUCCCUUUCAGCAGCUUCGACCACUCUAAAGCCCACUACUAUCGAUAUGAUGAGCAGCUGAGUCUAUGCCUGGAGCGCCUGAGUUCUGGGAAGGACAAGAAUAAAAGCAUCCUGCAGAACAAAUAUGUUCGAUGUUCUGUUAGAGCUGAAGUUCGUCAUCUCCGAAGGGUCCUAUGUCACCGCUUAAUGCUAAAUCCCCAGCAUGUACAGCUGCUUUUUGACAAUGAAGUUCUCCCAGAUCACAUGACCAUGAAGCAGAUAUGGCUCUCCCGCUGGUUCGGCAAGGUGAGCCAGGGCCGAGGCAGUCCUCAGGGCAGGGAUGUGCUGAGGGGGCCUUUUGAGUAAGAAUGCUCCCACCGACUGCUUCUUCUGCUUGUUUUCUCCUUAGCCAUCCCCUUUGCUUUUACAAUACAGUGUGAAAGAGAAGAGGAGGUAGGGGCCAAGCCCCCACCACAUCCCUGUCCCUUUCCCUCCCCAGAUAUUUAUGUGAAAUUAACUGCGGCUUUAUUUUUUGAAAUAAAAACUUUAAAAAAGCA